AUGAGACAUCCACUCCUCCAAGUGGUGCUAUUACUGUUUAUCUGCGGUGCUGUGGCCGGACCUGCAUACGCCUGUAAUUACGAUGAAAUCAAAAAGAAGAACGGUUCUCCUGUCGCUGUGGUGAGAGAAUUACCGAAGAGUGGACAGGGCGCUUGGCAGGCGUACACCGUGGUGGCAUCUAAUAAUGACAAUGAGAUUAAGAAUAAGGGUUGGGAACCACUGCGCAUCAAUGUAUCCUAUGAAAAUCUGAAAGAGGAUAAGUACUGUGUAAAUAAGGAUGAAAAGCGCAGGGAUUUUUUGGAUGGGGAGGAGCAAAAUUGUGUUUCUAUUGAUCUUAUGAACGAAGAAAAGAAGAAGAGACUCACUGAUGAAAUUGUGCCCGAGGCUAUCAAAUUACACACUGAUCGUCUCCUAGUUCAGCGGAUAAAAACACCUUGGAAAGUACCAAAUUUGAGGGAUCAUGCUGUUUGUUCUCACUUCACAAGCCCAGACGACCACACAUCUCAGGAUGUGCAAGAUGCUGAUUAUCUGUUGUAUGUGGCUGCUGGUCCGAAUAAAAAACUUUGGUCUUCGCCCUGGGCUGUAACAUGUGCUAUUGAUGAACAAACUAAACGUCCAAUGGUUGGUGCCAUGAAUAUUCAUCCUGUGUACACUGAUUUUACACGAGCUAAUGUUCGCUUUAUUGCACAUCAACUCGCACAUGCUCUUGGUUUUGACUAUAAAAAUAUGAUGAAGGAGGAACUCAAGGAUAAAGAAGAGAAUAUACGUGGGGUGGUCAAAUCUGCAAAAGUACUGGAAAAGGCAAAGGAACAUUAUAACUGUGACAGCCUAACAGAAGUUAAGUUGGAACAUACAACUAAAGGGAAUACAACAUCUCACUGGAAUCGACGCAACACAAAGGAUGAGUUGAUGAGUAUGUAUACUUUCAAUGGACCGAUUGAGGGUAUUGGAUACUACACUGCACUGACAAUUGCAUCAUUUGAAGAUUUGGGAUUUUACAAGGGAAAUUUCAACAUGUCUGAACCAAUGAGUUGGGGAUACCAUGCUGGUUGUGACUUUCUCGAGGCUACUUGUAAGGAGAAGGACAAGCGCAUAGAUGCUGCUAAAUUCUGCACUACGUUCCCAACAGAUUCGUGUACGUCUGAUCGUUUGGGUUUGGGUAUUUGCUUUCAAUCCCCCGAGACAACAUCCAAUUGCCCCAUUUUUGCGGCCAAUGAGAUGUUUUUCUGUGCCACAGAGGGAACCUCUUAUGGUUGGUCAGGGCUAUUUGGAAAAGAUUCAUGGUGUUUGGAUGUUGAUUAUCUGAAACCUCAACAAGAUGGGGAAAAUAAUAUGAAACAAGGUAUGUGCGCGGCAGUGGACUGCAGUGAUGAUGGUGUUGUUAAGGUGCAACUUAAAGAGGAUGGUGAAUGGUUCAGUUGCCCGAGGGAAGAUGGAGUUAUCACACCAAAUGGAACAGAGUAUCCCACGUACGUGAAUAGAAGCAUAAAGUGUCCUAAAUACUCUGAAGUGUGUACUGUGAGCUAUAAUGGAAGCAGUCUUGUCAAGCCAAAAGAAGAGAAACUGACCACACCAACAACCGAAGAGAAUACUGUAAGCGGCACAACUGACACCACUGCUUCAGCUCUCCCUUCGUCCACUGCGGUUUCAGAUAUCCAGAGUCGGCCAACUAAUACACAAGAUAAUAACCACAGAACCACAACCACACCAACUACUGCAGUACCGAAUAAUGCUCAUACCACAGGGAGCAGUAUUACUGACUCUACAACACCCCAGGGAUCCAUUAACCAGAAAAAUAACACCAUGAACAUUGAAAUUGUCUCCAGAGUCGGUAAUGAUCACAGUGAGGUUACAAAGGUUUACACACCGCUUGUACUACUUGUUCUCGUUGUUUCGACUCUGCUGAUAUCUUUUUGA